AUGGCCAAUAGCCAGAUCACAGAUCUCGAGCUCCAGCGGGAGGUCGAGGCGCUGCGCACACGGCGACGGCAGUCGGUGAACCGUGUCGUGCUCGAUCCCGACCUCCCCGAUCUACAAGGUGCGGGCCUGCUGCCGAAUGCAAGCCCGCCCCUCGACCGGCACCCGUCGUCCUCGAGUGUGGCGAGCUCGUCCUAUCAGGCCCCGACGACGCCUCCCGAGACGGACCAGGGUGCGUUUGUGCUCGACGAAAAGUCGCUGCACGCCCGCGCGCCGCUUUUUGGGUCCUCGCAGCGCUCGCGCUACCUCGCGCGCCGCAACGCCCGCCAGGCGCAGGCCGCGUCCGAGAGCGAAAAAGGGCCACUGCCCCAACCCCCCCCGUCGUCCCAUCCGCCGCCAAACGACCCGAACCACCUCUUUUGGGUGCCUGCUGCUGCGCACCCCGAAAUCUCACCGGCAGACUUUCGCUCCUUUCUCAAAGAGCAGGCAGAGCGGAAUGUGAGCCAGCACGAAGCCGAGAAGAGCCAAAUACCCGCGCGCGGCGCUCCCCUCUCGCCCCCGCUCGACGGCGCCGCUGACGCCCAAGGGGAGGCGACGAUCGCCGCGAACCGCCUCCUCGGCCGCUCGACCUCGAACGUGCGCCGCACCUCGUCGCUCCGCAAGCAGAUCAAGCCGGAAGACAAGGACGCGGAACCGAGCGAACGGCCGGGCAGCCUGCUCGCCGUGUCGAACGACCAGCGCGCCCGGAACCGCCUCUCGAGCAGGGACCUGUCGCCGGACCAAAUCACCCUCCGCGAGCUGCAGCGGAUGGAGCGGGCAGCACAGGCGCCACCGGUCGCCCCAGUCCCGGAGCGCGCUGCGCCUGCCUACGAAGACGACCGCAGCUCGAACGGCACUCACCAGACGCACUCGUCCGAGAGCGCCGAGUCCGAGCCGCGCUCGUCCCACACUGGGCCCGCGCUGCAGCGGAGCUCGCGCAACAUGAAACUCGCACGCCCUCAGGGCCCAGUGCCGCAGAGAAGCGCGCGCCCGGAGCGGCGCGCAGUGCCCGAGCCGCCGCGCUUUCCAGAGAACAUGAUCUCGACGAUCGAGGCGCUCUCGCUCGACGCGACGCCCCAGGCACCGCCUCAGCUGGUCGACGAACCCGAGUCGUUUGCACAGGCCGAGCCGCUGCCGCCGCAUCCCCACUCGGCAGAGAAGCCGCGGCGGGGCAAUACACUCCCGCCUCGCCUCGACAGCGCGCUCGAGGCCAAGGAGCAGCGGCGCGCCGCAAACAUUGCCGACGUCCGCGCCAAGGUCUCGAAAAAGAAUGUCUUGCCGGAGCUGCCGGACGAGGCGCCGCAACGGCACUCGCUCGAGCGCGUGCCGGUGCCGAGCGCGCCGCGCGACGACGUGCAGCCUGCGCGGCACUCGGAAGAGAACGUCCCGCGGUCGCGGCCGCUGCCGGAGCCCAUGGCACGGAGCGAUAGCCGCUCACGCGAGGCACGGCCGCUGCCUGAGCCGCGCGCAGCGCCCAAGGACGGGCGGCCGGUGCCCGAGGUGCCGCCCGGUGCAGAGAUGCGCCCGAGUUUGGAAGGGGCAGGUGUGGAUGUGCCGCGCGAGGCGCGUGCGGUGCCCGAGGCUCGUGUAGUGCCCGAGGCGCGUGCAGUGCCGGAACCGCUGCGUGUCGAGCCUGCGCGUGUCGAGCCUGCGCGUGUCGAGCCCCCGCGUGCCGAGCCAUUGCGUGCCGAGCCACGCGCGGUGCCCGAGCCGCGCCCAGUGCCCGAACCGCGCGCGGUGCCCGAACCCCCCCGCGCGGUGCCCGAACCCCCCCGCGCGGUGCGCCCGUCGACGGACUCGCUGCGUGCCGAGUCGGUCGCCGCGCACGAGCCUGGCGCGCGUGUCGAGCCUGGUCCUCGCACCGAGCGUUCUGCGCGUGACAAGCGUGGUUUUGGGCUGUCGUGGUUCGGCCUCGCCAAGGAGGACGAGGACGAGAGCAAGCGGCACAAGGAGGAGCGGCGCAAGGUCAAAGAGGAGCCGCCGCCGCCGCCGCCGCUGCUGCACCCCCCUCCGCCUCCCCCCGCUACGAAGCGCAAAGAAAAAGACACGUUCCUUGCGAAUCUCUUUGGCAAGCGCAAGAGCCACGAGCCCCAGGACUCGCUGCGCCACCGCGCGCGUACACUCUUUUCCAAUACCGGCGGCACGCCGCCGCCGAUUGUCCCGGAGGAAUAUCCCUACACCCGUUUUGCCCUGCACAUUGAGCGUGCGCUCUACCGCCUGAGCCACUUUAAGCUCGCGAACCCCCGGCGUGCGCUGCAGGAGCAGGUGGUGAUCAGCAAUUUGAUGUUUUGGUACCUCGCCAUUGUCAAUUCCGCGCAGAGCCGCCCGGCGGACAUUGGCCACGGCCACCAGCGCCAGGGCGGUCCGAGCGAGUACGACGACACGGAGCGCCGGCAGUGCCGCGGCACGCCGCCGAUCGCCGUGCACACCGGCACGCUGGUGCGUGCCGUGCCGCAAUUCGUGCCGCAAAUGUACACUCCCUACGGGAUGGUGCCGCCGAUGCCGUGGGGCUUCCCACCCAACAUGUACUUUGACCCCCACGCGCAGACAUGGGUGCCGAACGGGAUGCCUGUCCCCCCCCCGGCUGCUCCGCCGGUGCCGCCACGGACCCAAGAUGACUACGAUGUAAAUGAGUACGUGCUCGACGAAUACUAUACACCCAAGGCGGCCGACACGGGCGUGGCGCCCGUGCCGAGCUGGUCGGCGCCGCAGCCGGCAGCGCCGCCCGCUCUGCCCAUGCCGCCCCUCCCUGAGAAGCAGGCUCCGGAAGCCAACGGGCUCCCGAUGCACGCGCGCGGCCCGAGCGCCGCUGGUCCGAAAGAGCGCUCCGCGUCGAACCGCCCACCUCUUCCCCGCCCGAGCGGUUCGCCGCGUGCCCUUCGCCAGGCACGCUCGUCGCCCUCGCUGGCGCCCCGAAAAGAGGGCCGCGCGCCUGUCCCAGCGCCGCGCGUUCCCCCGCUGCCCGUCGGCCUCGUCAAGCGGCCGAGCCGGCCGUGA